CAAAGGUUUCUCACUGAUAAUGUACCCUUUCUCAGUCAAAAUGGCAAGUUUCUCAAUAUCUAAAAAUCACUGAGCAUGAGGGAACAUUGAGCACUAGUAUAGGCAGCUACAGUGGGAUAAGACAUGCCCCUAGUCAUUCUCUCUCUCAAGCAAAUGUAGUCAAAUAUAAUGUUGACAGGUGUUUUGUGGGAUUAGUGGAUGAGAGGAAAAGAAGAAAAAGAAACUGAAUAAAAGAAAGAAUUUCCUAGCGGUGAGAAUAUUUACCAACUACACUCGAAAACGAACAGUUUAUUUUUGUUUGGUAAUUCUAAAUGUGCAGCUAUUGAGUUUCUAUGGAUAAAGUGCUGUUAUAAACCACGGAUACAUACAGCUUUAUAGGAAAGAGCUCCACUCAACACUGCAGAGCUCUAUAGAGGUCUAUAGGAAAGAGAACUCAACACUGUAGAGCUGUAUAGAUGUCUAUAGGAAAAAGAACACCACUCAACACUGCAGAGCUGUAAACUAUAAGCAUACGCUCUGUAAUAUCUAUGCCCAUUUGUAUUGUAUCAUUACUCAUCCAGCCUGUGCUCCUGUGCAGUUCCUCGGUGCUGCACGGGUUCAUGUUUUAAGUGGUUGUUUUUGUGCUGGUUGUCUAUUUGAUUUGCAUGUUUUGUGAGGUUAUGGAAAUGCGGCCGGUUCGUGUCAAUUGCUGUAAACAGCAAGGAAUUGUAUUUACAUUGCGUAUGCAAAACACAUGGAAACCAGUGAGUGACGCAGGAGCAAAGGAGAUGGGUUCAAACACAAGACACUGGAGAGAGGGAGGGAGAGCAGGAGACAGGUUCAAACACAAGACACAGGAUAGAGAGGGAGGACAGAAGACGGGUUCAAACACAAGACCCAGGAGAGAGGGAGUACAAGACGGGUUUAAACAAAAGAUACAGGAGAGAAGGAGCACAGGAGACGGGUUCGAGCACAAGACAAAGGAUUGGCAGGGAGAGGGAGCAUCCACAAGACUCAUCUGACAAGUGUAUACAUCUUUGUGUUAAUUGAUUGCUGACAACAUCACUGUCGUAGAAAAUAAAUUAAUUCUGCUGCUUGCUGUGCCGCUUCUUCCUAAAGUCUUGUACCUGAAACCUGGCUACAGGGCAGCCUGGCUUUAACAUUGGGGUAUUUGGGAGGGAAACAGUCUGCUUUAAGAUUGGGGUCUAUGGGGGCGGGCAGGCUGUCUUUGAGCUGAGAUUUAAAGACAACCUCCGACGAUUAUAUUCUGUGAAGGGCAUAUUCUCAAAUAUCAACUGACAUUUAUAUUCAGAAUUGUCACCAAUCGCUCUUGACAGUGACAUGCAAGGGGGGUUACUAUACUGUGAGGGGAAUGGAAACAAACUGGACUUAAGGAGGAAUUGUACUGUGUGUCUGUGUCUGUCUGUUUGUCUGUAAAUACAUCAGUACCAAGUACAUCACAUUUCACCUACAGCCACUAUAGGACCAUGGAAGACCUGAAGUGUGACCGACAGACAUUCUCAACUUCCUUAUUCCUUUUCCAGGUUCUUUCGGUGAAGUCACUUCCCGCCUGUUUUUUUUCUGCCAUUGCCCUCAGUAACCACCCCUAGCAACCGUUGCCAUGGGAGAACUUGAGCAGCUUCGCCAGGAAGCAGAAUUGCUGAAGAAGCAAAUUGAGGAGGCACGUAAGGGUGUGGCAGACACCACUCUGGCUGAGUUAACGAGCGGGAUCGAGGUGGUGGGGAGGGUCCAGAUGAAAACCAGGAGGACUCUAAGAGGACACCUAGCCAAGAUCUACGCCUUGCACUGGUCAACUGACUCCCGGUUGAUGGUCAGUGCCUCUCAGGAUGGAAAGCUCAUUGUCUGGGACACCUACACAACCAACAAGGUCAAUGCUAUUCCCCUGCGCUCCUCCUGGGUGAUGACCUGUGCUUACGCUCCCUCUGGUAACUUUGUUGCGUGCGGUGGUCUGGACAACAUGUGCUCCAUCUACAACCUGAAAACCCGUGAUGGGAACGUCAAGGUGAGCCGCGAGCUCACUGCACACUCCGGGUACCUGUCCUGCUGCCGCUUCCUGAACGACAAUGAAAUCAUCACCAGCUCAGGAGACACCACCUGUGCUGUCUGGGACAUCGAGACUGGCACUCAGAAGACAGUGUUCAUGGGGCACACAGGGGACUGCAUGAGCCUGGCUGUGUCCCCCGACCUCAACCUUUUCAUCUCAGGGGCCUGCGACUGGUCUGCCAAGCUGUGGGACUUGAGAGACGGGAACUGCAGACAGACCUUCAUCGGACACGAGUCUGACAUUAACGCCAUCUGUUUCUUCCCCAGUGGUAAUGCAAUCUGCACUGGCUCGGACGAUGCCACCUGCAAGCUGUAUGACCUGCGCUCGGACCAGGAGCUCACCUCGUACUCCCAGGAGAGUAUAAUCUGUGGGAUAACCUCCAUCUCCAUGUCCCGCAGCGGCCGCAUGAUCCUCGCCGGCUACGAUGACUUCAACUGCAACAUCUGGGACACGCUGAAGGCCGAGCGGAUUGGGGUGCUUGCGGGUCAUGACAACCGGGUCAGCUGUAUUGGUGUCAAUGAAGACGGGAUGGCAGCUGCUACAGGAUCAUGGGAUAGUUUCCUGAAAAUCUGGAACUAGAAGAAAUGGGAGAGGAGGAGAGGGGAGAAGGGAUCAAGGGAAAGAUAAGAACAACUUCAGUCAGCUGAGAAGACUACAUUUCCCACAGUUCUUUUCACCAGUAAAGGCAAUCAUUAUCUGCUUGUCUACAGACAUGGAUUGUUGGAAAUGUAGUCUUUGGUUUAUUGGGCACUGUCCAGUCUUGAUAGUGUCUCCUCACCAGUGUAGAUGAGUCUCUCCCCGUCUCUACAAUGCAACUGGGAUUAAAAGGACGGGAAUGUAAAAUUGGGAAAAAUGUAAAUCUGGGAAUUUUAAUUUGUGUUUCACUAUUUAAGGUAAAUAACGUUUGUUGUUGAAUAUUAUUAUUAUAAAUAAAUACACAUAGUUAGGCAAUGUUUAUUUUCUUAUACUCACAAUUGAUGAUGUCACUGUCUUGUUUUCAGGGAAAUUAUUAAACAGCUUGUUAAUAAAACAGCGCAUUUCUGGGUAACCACUAAUUUAACUAGUUAUUUAAUGUAUCCAUAAUUUCAAAACAGCACAAUCAUGAUUAUAAGUGAUGUAAAGCAAUACUUAUUAAAGACUAGUUGGCUGCAU